AUGAAUAUUCAUGAAAGUGUUGUUGGGAUGAAACCAGUUUUAGGAGUGAAAACUAGAUCUAUGAAAGUAUGUUAGAAAUAGCAUGAAAUGAAGGCAAAACGAGUUUAUUGUCAUAUUUCAAAAGAAAAGAAAGCUAAGUUGAUUCAUACAGUACUGAAAUAAAAAUGCAAAAUUAAGAAAGUAAAAUUUCUUAAGAUUUUUUAGAUAGCAAAAGACCUGAAUAUUAACUAUGCCACUGCUAAAACGAUACUACAUUGUCAUAAGAAAAAUUUAAUUAACAUGGAUGAAUAGACAGAUUCAAAAAGAGCUGGGUGUACCUUAAACAAGAAUGACUCUAAAUUAUAUGUUUAAAUUAAAGUGGGAGAAAAAGUAAUACAUCAGUAUGAGUAUUUUGAUGCCAUCAAAAGAACCCCAUGA